AUGUACAAGCCAGGCCCCUCUACAAUCAUCCUGGAGUUACCAAGAGGAGAGUUUGAUUCUCCUGCCUGCAGCUAUCAAGCCACAUCAGAGAAGACCACCCACUCUGCUGACUCUCCUUCCUCUGGCUUUGAAGCCAUCGUGGAGACCGUGGACCAGAACAAGCUGUUUGUCACCCUGCUGACCCUGAGACUGCUCCAAAAGUGCAGUGUCCUGGACAUCUGCACGGAGGAAGAACUGGCCACCUACGCCAAACACCUGGUGAACCGAACACUGCAGGGACUCACCGUGAGAGACGGUUUCUGCCCUGAUGAAAAAGACAUCAAAAAGAUCUGCAGGGCCGUCAUCAAGGAUCUCACCAAGAAGCUUGGCGGGAAGAGCUCUCUGAACUUUGUGAUGCUGUCUGAGCAACCAAGCGUGGAUGCGGUCAUCGUCAACACACUACAAGUCAACAUCUCAAAGUACUCGACUGUGUCUGCAAAAAAGAAGAAGACAUCUUCACGCAGUAAACUCUUCUGGCCUGCUAUAAGUCUGGGAGCUCUUCUUGAGGAGAGCAUUAACACGUUUGUGAAGAAUGAGCUCAAGAGAUUUCACAGGGUUUUGAGCGCUUGUCCAGACAACACAAAAAGGAAGAGGGAGGAGGAGGAGGUGGUUGAUGGUGAGGAUGAGGAUGAGGAGCAGAGGAGGAGCAGAGAAUCUUUUCUGAACAUCACUCUGUGCUUUCUGAGGAGACUGAAGCAGGAGGAACUGGCUGAUUCUCUCCAGAGGAGAGAUUCUGCUGUCAUGUGUCAGGAAAAACUCAAAUCUAACCUGAAGAAGAAGUUCCAGUGUGUGUUUGAGGGGAUCUCUAAAGCAGGAAACCCAACCCUUCUGAAGCAGAUCUACACAGAGCUCUACAUCACAGAGGGAGGGACUGGAGAGGUCAAUGAUGAAAAUGAGGUCAUACAGAUUGAAACAGCAUCCAGGAAACCAGUCAGUCCAGAAACAACCAUCAGACAAGAAGACAUCUUUAAAGCCUCACCUGGAAGAGACGGACCAAUCAGAGCAGUGAUGACAAAGGGAGUGGCUGGCAUUGGGAAAACAGUCUUAACACAGAAGUUCACUCUGGACUGGGCUGAAGACAAAGCCAACCAGGACAUACAGUUCACAUUUCCAUUCACCUUCAGAGAGCUGAAUGUGCUGAAAGAGAGAAAGUUCAGCUUGGUGGAACUUGUUCAUCACUUCUUUACUGAAACCAAAGAAGCAGGAAUCUGCAGGUUUGAUCAGUUCCAGGUCGUGUUCAUCUUUGACGGUCUGGAUGAGUGUCGACUUCCUCUGGACUUCCACAACACUGAGAUCCUGACUGAUGUUACAGAGUCCACCUCAGUGGACGUGCUGCUGACAAACCUCAUCAGGGGGAAACUGCUUCCCUCUGCUCGCCUCUGGAUAACCACACGACCUGCAGCAGCCAAUCAGAUCCCUCCUGAGUGUGUUGACGUGGUGACAGAGGUCAGAGGGUUCACUGACCCACAGAAGGAGGAGUACUUCAGGAAGCGGAUCAGAGAUGAGGAGCAGGCCAGCAGCAUCAUCUCCCACAUCAAGACAUCACGAAGCCUCCACAUCAUGUGCCACAUCCCAGUCUUCUGCUGGAUCACUGCUACAGUUCUGGAGGAGGUGAUGAAAACCAGAAGGAGAGGAGAGCUGCCCAAGACCCUGACUGAGAUGUACAUCCACUUCCUGGUGGUUCAGCUAAAACUGAAGAACGUCAAGUAUGAUGGAGGAUCAGAGACAGAUCCACACUGGAGUCCAGAGAGCAGGAAGAUGAUUGAGUCUCUGGGAAAACUGGCUUUUGAGCAGCUGCAGAAAGGAAACCUGAUCUUCUAUGAAUCAGACCUGACAGAGUGUGGCAUCGAUAUCAGAGCAGCCUCAGUGUACUCAGGAGUGUUCACACAGAUCUUUAAAGAGGAGAGAGGCCUGUACCAGGACAAGGUGUUCUGCUUCGUCCAUCUGAGUGUUCAGGAGUUUCUGGCUGCUCUUCAUGUCCAUCUGACCUUCAUCAACUCUGGAGUCAAUCUGCUGUUGAAACAGUCCACAUCCUGGUUAUCUAAACUAUUUCAAGACAAAUCUGAACUUGCUUAUUUCUACCAGUAAGCUGUAGAUGAGGCCUUAAAGAGUCCAAAUGGACACCUGAACUUGUUCCUUCGCUUCCUCAUGGGUCUUUCAUUGCAGACCAAUCAGCGUCUUCUACAACUCCAGUUUACAUACAAAGGAAGUAUCUCACAGACCAAUGAGGAAACAGUCCAGUACAUCAGGGAGAAGAUUGGUGAGAAUCCUUCCCCAGAGAAAAGCAUCAACCUGUUCCACUGUCUGAAUGAACUGAAUGAUCGUUCUCUAGUGGAGCAGAUCCAACAGUCCCUGAGAUCAGGACGUCUCUCCACAGAUAAACUGUCUCCUGCUCAAUGGUCAGCUCUGGUCUUCAUCUUACUGUCCUCAGAAGAAGAUCUGGACAUGUUUGACCUGAAGAAAUACUCUGCUUCAGAGGAGGCUCUUCUGAAGCUGCUGCCAGUGGUCAAAGUCUCUAACAAAGCUGUACUGAGUGGCUGUAACCUCUCAAAGAGAAGCUGUAGAGCUCUGUCCUCAGUCCUCAGCUCCCAGUCCUCUAGUCUGAGACACCUGGACCUGAGUAACAACGACCUGCAGGACUCAGGAGUGAAGCUAUUGUCUGCUGGACUGGAGAGUCCACACUGUACACUGGAGACUCUCAGGCUGUCAGGAUGUCUGGUCACAGAGGAAGGCUGUGCUUCUCUGGCCUCAGCUCUGAGCUCCAACCCCUCCCACCUGAGAGAGCUGGACCUGAGCUACAAUCAUCCAGGAGACUCAGGACUGAAGCUUCUGUCUGCUGGACUGGAGGAUCCAGACUGGAGACUGGACACUCUCAGAGUGGACAACAGUGGAAUCUGCAGGCUGAAACCAGGUCUGAGGAAGUAUUACUGUGAACUCACACUGGACUCAAACACAGCGCUACGAAAAGUCAAACUGUCCGAUGACAACAGGAAGGUGACAGCGGUGGAGGAGGAGCAGCCGUAUCCUAAUCAUCCAGACAGAUUUAACCACUGGGGACAGAUCCUGUGUGAAACUGGUCUGACUGGUUGCUGUUACUGGGAGGUCAAGUGGGAAGGGUGGGUUGAUAUAGGUGUGACUUACAGAAGGAUCAAAAGGAAAGGAAAUGGUGCAGACUGCAGGCUCGGAGGGAAUGAUCAGUCCUGGGUUUUGGACUGUUCUGAUGAAGGUUUCAUUGUUUGUCACAAAAACAGUGGAACAUCUGUUCGUCCUCCGGCCUCCUCGUCUAACAGAGUGGGAGUGUAUCUGGACUGGCGGGCCGGCACUCUGUCCUUCUACAGCGUCUGCUCUGACACACAGAUCCACCUCCACACCAUCAACACCACAUUCACUGAACCUGUCUACCCUGCGUUCAGGAUUAGGGAUAAGUCAUUUGGCGCCUCACUGUCACUGUGUUGGCUGUAAGAGAGAGACAGAGAGAGGUAACUGCCAAGAAGAACAAGUGGACUAGUUCAAAGUCAGCUGCUGACAAGCCAGGUUCAGUCUUUA